CCCCAGCACGGCACAACCAGCACCACAAUUCAUCAGUGUGUUCAACACAAACCACCCUCUUAUCUAUAUAUAAACCCCUUUCUCUACCUCUCAUUUCCUCACGAUCCUCCUCCAUGGGAAGAAGUUCUUCUUCAUAAAUAGAUUUUUGCUUUGCUUGUAGCUGAAGAGAGAUCUGGAUUUCAGUGGGGGGCAAUUAGAAUUUGUGGUUUUGAGAGUGGUGGGGGUAGAACCCAGUGUUUGACAAGUUGCAGACAUCACGGCUAUACACGGAGUAACUCGGCCGCUCGUUCAUGUCCGAGCAGUCCGACGCAAGGAUUGUGUGAGCGAGAGCAACCCUUCGCCGCACGGCGGACGUGGCGCUUUGCCGUCCGAAGGCGGUAGCCCUUCUGACCUCCUCUUCCUUGCCGGCGGUGGUUUCUCUUUUUCCUCCCAUUAGGUUGUUAGGUCUUAUAUUAGCUAAACUAUUACAUAUAUAGCAGUAUAAACUAUCAAGAUCUGCGUGUUGUAUCUGUUUCUCUCGAGGGCUUGUGUUUGUUAAUUGGUUAAAAAUCAUGAUGUUGAGUAUUAAGAGGGUUCCAACUAUUGUCUCCAAUUACCAAAAGGAAGAGGCGGAGGAAGGUGCUCGCCAAGGAGGUGGGUGCGGUCGCAAUUGUCUCAGGAACUGUUGCCUUCCAGGAGCAAAGCUACCUUUGUAUGCUUUUAAGAGGUUGAACAAGAAUAUCAACGAAAAGGGUUUGCUUGACUAUGAGAAAAAAGAGCCUCCCGUUGCCUUCUUGGACUCACUCCUCCUUGGGGAGUGGGAGGAUCGCGUGCAGAGGGGGCUCUUUCGCUAUGAUGUCACUGCAUGUGAAACCAAGGUGAUACCUGGAGAGUAUGGUUUCAUUGCACAGCUGAAUGAGGGUCGUCACCUUAAGAAGAGGCCAACUGAGUUUCAAGUUGAUAAAGUCCUGCAGCCAUUUGAUGGCAACAAAUUCAACUUCACCAAAGUUGGGCAGGAAGAAGUGCUCUUCCAGUUUGAACCAAGCGAGGAUGAUGAGGUCCAAUUCUUCCCAAAUGCUCCAAUUGAUACUGAGAAUUCCCCCAGUGUUGUUGCCAUCAACGUUAGCCCUAUUGAAUAUGGGCAUGUGCUUUUGAUCCCUCGGAUUCUCAAGUGUUUGCCUCAGAGGAUUGACCAUGACAGCUUCUUGCUUGCACUUCACAUGGCAGCAGAAGCAGGGAGCCCAUACUUCCGGUUGGGUUACAACAGCUUGGGUGCAUUUGCUACCAUCAACCACCUUCACUUCCAGGCUUAUUACUUGGCCGUGCCCUUCCCCAUUGAGAAGGCUCCCACUAGGAAGUUCACCACUUUGAAUGGAAGGGUGAAAAUCUCUGAGAUUCAGAAUUAUCCAGUCAGAGGUCUGGUUUUUGAGGGUGGGCACACUUUGGAAGAUUUGUCCAAUGCCGUCUCAGACUCCUGCAUUUGCCUCCAAAACAAUAACAUACCUUACAAUGUCCUUAUCUCCGAUUCUGGGAAACGGAUCUUUCUCUUCCCGCAGUGUUAUGCGGAGAAACAGGCUCUUGGAGAAGUGAAUACAGAGCUUCUGGACACCCAAGUGAACCCUGCUGUUUGGGAAAUUAGUGGACAUAUGGUAUUAAAAAGGAAGGAGGAUUAUCACGAGGCUUCUGAGCAAAAUGCUUGGAGGCUUCUUGCUGAGGUGUCCCUCUCCGAAGAGCAGUUCCAAGAAGUGAAAGCGCUCAUCUUUGAAGCUAUCCUCUGUGGCGCUGAUGGAAAUGGAGGUGUUAAACAGAGCUUGCUCGAGGAGCCAGAUGUGGCACCUCAAUCUCUUGAAGAAGUAGAUGCCCUUAACAAAAGCUCCCACUCUGCUGUGGUGCCCGGGAAGCAAGAAUGCGUAGUUCUGCACUGAAGGACUGGGCUUUGAAGAACAGAUCUAUGGUCUGUGUAUGGAUAAUUAAUCAAGUAUAGUGCUGUAGUAUGUGUAGAUUUGUAUGUGAGAUAUGCCUGAAUAAAGCAAACUAGGUUUGCUUUGUUGUUGUAACUUGUCUAUAUUUCUCCAUAUCGACUCUGAUACCCUAUUUGCAUGUGUGUUGUGGAGCCUUUAUGAAAUAUCCUGUUGUGUAUGCUCUGAGGAGCUAAUGACUGGAUGUGUGAUUUAGACUUAAAAUUCUCAGUCUGUUCUUUUAACUGUCGUUCAAUUGGCUUAUGAUUCCAACAAAAGGAUCUGUUUGAUGCAUGGCUGUUGAACAAGGUUCGUUCGUUAUUUUAGAUAGGGAAACAAAGUUGGA